AAAUCAGACAAUAAGGGUUGGGGGGGGUGGCACCCCCUUCCCUGCUCCCCUGUCGCAGUGUCUGCGCAAGCACAUGCGAUUGUGCCCUCAAGUUUAGAGCAGAGGGGGGAAAAGAUGGAAAAUGUACAGCGUCUCACUAUUUCGCAGGAAGGCUUGGUUUAUUGCGCCAGACCUCUCCGACAGCGUAGCACUAUUUAGCCGAGAGAAGGGGAGGGGAAGGCUCGGCCGCAGUUGGGGCCGCCUAUGCUCAUCAAACGGUGGCUGAUUGAGGAGACGGGGGAGAGCAGGAGAGGAAUUUUCCCCGUAGCUUUCUGUAAAAAUUUGCAAUAAAAAAAAGGGGUUUUUGAAGCCCUUCCCCAAAAGUAAGAGCCUGGAUAGCCAUCUGCUGGCCAAGCCCUGGAUGGGCUUCUGAUGAUCCAGUCGUCCUCUCCAAACCAAGAAUCGCACAUUCCACUCUGCUAGGGUUAAACCCUUGGAAUAUAUGACAGCACUUUCCCACACUGUAAUCUGGCCCCCUUUAGUUUGAACCUACCCUCCUCAUUUUACUCUUUUGUUCAUCAGAGGGGUUACAAUUGAUAUUUUCACCCUAGUCCGGCAGCGGGGCUGCUCCCCUACAUCCAGAUGAAUGAAGACCCCAUUCGGGAAGAACGCGGGCCAGAGAGCCAGAGCUGAUGCGGGACAUGCUGGUGUCUCUGCAAAUAUGAUGAAGAAAAAGAAUUCACACAAGAAACACAAGAGCAGCGUGGGGCCCACCAAGGUGUCCCAGCCCCGGCGGAACAUAGUGGGCUGCCGCAUCCAGCAUAUCUGGAAGGAGGGUAGCGGGGCAGCAUCCCAGUGGAAGGGUACAGUGCUGGACCAGGUGCCCGUUAACCCGUCGCUCUACCUGAUAAAGUAUGACGGCUUUGACUGCGUUUAUGGGCUAGAGCUGCACAAGGACGAGCGGGUGCAGGGGCUGGAAGUCCUCCCGGACCGUGUAGCUUCAACACGCAUCAGCGAUGCCCACCUAGCCGACACCAUGAUAGGCAAGGCGGUCGAGCACAUGUUUGAGACCGAAGAAGGCUCAAAGGACGAAUGGAGGGGCAUGGUCCUGGCACGAGCGCCCAUCAUGAACACGUGGUUCUACAUCACUUACGAAAAGGACCCCGUACUCUACAUGUACCAGCUCCUCGACGACUACAAGGACGGAGACCUGAGGAUCAUGCCGGACUCAAAUGACUCUCCCCCAGCUGAGCGGGAGCCCGGAGAGGUGGUGGACAGUCUCGUCGGCAAGCAGGUGGAGUACGCCAAAGAGGACGGCUCCAAACGGACUGGCAUGGUCAUCCACCAGGUGGAAGCCAAGCCCUCCGUCUACUUCAUCAAAUUCGACGACGACUUUCACAUUUACGUGUACGACCUGGUGAAAACGUCGUAGGUGGGCACAUGGAAGUCAGUGGAGGGGGGCGGGUGGAGGGAGAGAAAGAGAGUGAUAGAGAGAGAGAGAAAGAAAGGAAGUCAAGAGAACGACUUCGGAUGUGAUCCACAAACUCUGCCAAAAGUUCUCGCAGAACGUUUCUUAUACCACCAUACGGAGACGUAGCGAUGGAUAUUUCACUGGAGCCUUGGAUUGCCACUAGUUAAGUCUCUUUUUAUUAUUUUUCCAGUUGAAGGGAUAACUGUGUUCAACAUGAUAUUCCCUAAACAAAAGUAGCUUAAUGGUUGUCUUUUAGUAUUGUUCAUUCCUGUUGAUUACCAGUGAAGAAAAUGAGCAUAUAUCAUGUUCUCUAGCAAAGGUUGGGGUGGGAAUCAGAAUCAGUUCUCUGUCUAAAAGAGUUAACAUGUCCUUUGUUUUGAAUUGGGGCAGAUUAGACUGACAGAAUGGCACUUAGCCCGAAGAAUGGUUCCAGAGCUCGGAUUAGUCUUGCUGUGUCACCCAACAUCUCUUUCUAUUCGCUUUGCACAGUGAACCCAAGCAGCGUUCAUCAAUGGGAUGAUUUGGGCACUCUCUUAAAAUCAUUUCACACUUACUAAAUUUUAGUCUUCAUCUGUUUUAGAUGAUGCAUAUUUGUAAUGCAUGGCGGUUUCUUGCAUUCUUUUUGUUAUUCUGUUUUGAUUCUUUGGUUUGUUUGUUUGUGAAUUAGAUUCCUUUUUCUUGCCACAUGAUUAAACGCUAAUGAUGGUUAUUAAAUGACUAUCUUGAACUCUUAUUUGACCUACUAUGACAUUGGAGCACUUGAUUAUCUGCUUCUGGAGGAUAUGUAAUUAAUCAAAUUUGGUCACUUAUUUGGAAGCUAUUUAGAACUAAACAUGGUUGAGCUUUGUUUGACUGACUCCAUUACACAGGUCUUUUGUUUGACUGACUCCAUUACACAGGUCUUUGUUUUACACAGGUCUUUGUUUGACUGACUCCAUUACACAGAUCUUUUGUUAGACUGACAACUUUUACACAGGUCUUGGGGAAAUUCUGCUGUUGUACAGCUGUGGCUUCAUAAUUAUUGUAUUUUAAGUGUAUUUCCAAUUUACAUUUAUUUUCAUUGGUGUAAUGAUACAUUGGUGAUCUUCUGAAACUUAAUUUUAAAAUGUAUUUCUUUUCACUAUGACAGGUAAAAUGGUUUCUGAGGUUAUAAUACAUUUUUAGUGUAUUCUUUAUUUUCAAGAGAACAAGACUAGAACAUUAUUUUAGAGUUAUUAUAGAGUAUUUCAACAUGCUCUAUAAAUAUACUACAAAACACAAAGUCAAUGCAGCAAUAAUUCAGUGGUGUGCAGGAACUGCAUUGUAAUGCAUUUACAGCCCAUUCUGAUCUCAUUUUAUGAGGGGUAGAUCCCUCAUUCACCCCCCCCCCCCCCCCAGUCUGUGUUUAAAUGUGUGUGUCUCACUGUAAAUGAUUGUCUGGUUCCAGUAUUUUGAUUGAUUGAUUAUUUUGUAUGUUUCUGAUCUAUAAUCAAGGUGACCUGAGGGCCCCCUCUCAGGAAUGUUACAAUGUUUAAAGUAGCACACACUCAUAGCCGUGUGUGCGCGUGCGUGUGUGUGUGUGUGUGUGUGUGUUUCAUUAUCUCAUGUUCCUCCUUCAUGAGUGUUCAGCCCACUGCAGGUUUUUUUUUUUUAAAGCUUAUGAUUUUAGCAGCGUUCAGUUGCAUGUAGGCACUUGGCCUCAUUUCAGCCUAUAGACAGUUGAGCUGAUGCCGUGUGCGCGCGCGUGUGUGUGUGUGUGUGUGUGUGUGCGCGCGCGCGCGCGCGCGUAUUUCCGUGUUUCCUGGAGAUGUCUUCAGUUCUCCCGCUAUUGACCCUGACACCUUAAGGCAGACAACCUGCUUAACUUACCAAAAAAGAACCAUGUCCGUUAAACCGUUGUGAUUCUCACUGUGGAGGAAAUUGUCCAUGGUUAUAUCUUUGGACUGUUGUGUUGGAUUACUUAAAGGGAGAUUGAGCUCUGUAAGAAAAUGGUAAUGCCUCUCUGUAACUGUUGCAGCUAUGUAUGCAUAUAAUGGUUUUUUUUUCGUUUGUUUUUUUGUUUGUGGGGGGUUUUUUUGGGGGGGGGGGUGGAUUCUGUCUUUAUAAUACUAUAAGUGGCAUAUGGACGUGUCAUUAUGCAAACAGACACCCAGAAAAGACAUGUUCGAUGGAUUGGCCUUUUAUUUACAUUUACCUACUGUAGUAUUGUAUCGUGUUUGAUGUCAGGUCGACGUGGGAAAUUUAAACAAAAAUAUGAACGCUAGGCCAUUCUUUUUGCAUGAUAUGAGUAGAGAUGUAACUGUAUGUUAGUGUGAUGCAUGUGUACCUGUCUUUAUUUCAUUUAUUCGUUCCCUAAAAGAAAGUUUAUUGUGUUGCUAAUUGUGAAUUUCUUGGUUUUGUUUUAUUUUUACUUUUUUCCCAUUUCUAAAGUAAAAGUAUUUUAUUUUCUA